UAGGAAUGCGAGACAAUAUCCACAGGAAAGUAUAAUUACAUCAACUUUUCAAAAAGCUGGUAGUGCGUUCAGAUUUCUACCACCUGAAGCAUGCGCACACUAUAUAAAAAAUAUAUGCAUGCAGACUUGCCGAGUUCGUGCACAUGUUUACAUGGUUCUGUGCAUGUUUCAGGUGAUAGAAAUCUGAAUGCACUAACAGCGAUUUGAACAGUUGAUGUAGAGCCAAAUGGACCAACCGCAUGGCUUCCCUUAGAAGUUUCCUUCUUCACAGCUGCUCGAUUUGGAGUUACAGGGUAGCUUAUUCAGUGUGAUGGUUGCAAUAAUUUUGGUUGACUAGUGUCAAAGUCGUGUUUUAUCUUCAGGUAUAAGUAUCCACUCGCGGCACAGACAUGCUUGGGGAACAGUAGGCUAUCCUGCGUGUACGACUCAGUCAUAACAAGCUGGCAUUACAGAUGCUCGGGGAAUGUCCUCAUUUAAGUUAUUCAUAUAUGAAAAUGGUUUAACAAAAAUGAUAACGUGAAAUCUUUCUGGCAGUAGAUGGUGCUAUAGUUUCAGGGUAGUGGAUAUUUGCCUUUUCGGCUCCAAUUUGCUCCUGUUCCAGGUGUUGCUGCUGCCGAUCCCUUCCGGUCUCCGUACAGGAAUUCCAACUGCAUGACGUCAUCCUGCCAACAAAGUAGGCUAUUCCAAAACUGAACGGCGAUAUUUUCCUUCCUAAGAAAAUGUACCCGGGAUUUAAACUACAAUUUCUAUAUACGUUUCUUGUAUUCGUAGAAUAAAUAACCCUGAAUGUAACACACACUGGAUCACUGUGAGAACUUUCUGGGAAAUAAAGAACAAAUAACGACGACACAACAAUUAGAUGGAGGAGCUGGAAGGUACAGAUGGACGCCACUGUGCGGGUUGCGGGGGAACAAUUCAAGACACAUUCAAUGUGAAGGUUCUUCAAGGAACUUGGCACAAUGCCUGUUUUCAGUGCUCAGAGUGCUGUGACCACCUGACCAACUGGUACUAUGAGAAGGAUGGAAAGCUGUACUGCCGUAAACACUACUGGGAGAAGUUUGGAGAGCUGUGUCACGGCUGUUCUCUGCUCAUGACUGGACCUGCCAUGGUGGCCGGAGAAUACAAGUAUCACCCAGAGUGCUUUGUGUGUCUGAGCUGCAAAGUUGUCAUCGAGGACAGGGACACCUAUGCCCUGGUGGAGCGCUCCAAACUGUACUGUGGGAAGUGCUAUAAGCAGGUCGUCCUGGCACCCGUGUUGGAGAAGCGUUCCGCCGACUCAUCCCUGGACUCUCUGCCUCACACGGUCACCCUCAUCUCCAUGCCCUCUGCCACCAACAGCAAGAGGGGCUUUUCUGUCUCUGUCAUAGGGGACGCGGCCAGCGGCUUGGCUAGCGUGCAAGUCAAAGAAGUCCGAGGGAUGCAUAUCAGCCCGGAAGUUCGGGAUGCCAUCCACGUCGGUGACAGGAUCCUGGAGAUCAACGGUCUUACAGUGGGGACACUGGUGGAGGAAGAGGUGGAGGACCUCAUCCAUCGGACCAGUCAGACACUGCAGCUGCUCAUAGAGUAUGAUCCAGUCAGGCAGCGGUUGGACAGGCUCAGACUGGGGUCCUCGCAAAACCGCUUGGGGGUCCCCGCCACCUCCCGCAUGCGCCUGUCUUCGCCCUCUAACAGUGUUCUGGAGAGGACAGACGUGGAUGACGGCACCCUAAAGAGGAGGUCUCUAAGGCGUAGCAACAGCAUCUGUAAGUCCCCUGGGCCAACCUCCCCUAAGGAACACCCUAUCCUGACCCGGGACAUUGGGCGCUCCGAAUCCCUGCGCUCCUCCAGCAGCUGCUCCCAUCGCAUCUUCCGCCCCUGUGACCUCAUCCACGGAGAAGUGCUGGGCAAGGGCUUCUUCGGCCAGGCUAUCAAGGUAACCCACAAAGCCACUGGUGAGGUGAUGGUGAUGAAGGAGUUGAUUCGCUGUGAUGAGGAGACGCAGAAGACCUUUCUAAAGGAGGUCAAAGUGAUGAGGAGUCUGGAACAUCCCCACGUGUUGAAGUUCAUCGGUGUGCUAUACAAGGACAAGAGGCUGAAUUUAAUAACCGAGUUUAUUGAGGGAGGCACACUGAAGGAUUUCAUUGGAGACAUGGACCAGUUUCCAUGGGAGCAGAGGGUUAGUUUCGCCAAAGGCAUUGCUUCUGGAAUGGCUUACUUGCAUUCAAUGAGCAUCAUCCACAGAGAUCUUAACUCUCACAACUGCCUGGUGAAACUGGACAACACAGUGGUGGUGGCAGACUUCGGCCUAUCCCGGCUCAUGGUGGAGGAGGUCAAGCAACCUCCCCCUGAGAAACUGGUCAAUAAGAAGAGGGUUUUCAGGCGCAUUGACCGUAAGAAGCGCUACACAGUGGUGGGGAACCCCUACUGGAUGGCUCCAGAGAUGCUGAAUGGUAAACGCUAUGAUGAAAAGGUGGACAUUUUCUCCUUUGGGAUUGUGCUUUGUGAGAUUAUUGGGCAGGUGAAUGCAGACCCAGAGUGCCUUCCCAGGACCUAUGACUUUGGCCUGAAUGUAGACAAGUUCAUGGAGAAGUUUCUCCCUGACAACUGCCCUCCAGCUUUCUUCCCAUUGGCUGUGGCUUGUUGUGACCUCAUCCCUGAAAACAGGCCUGCCUUCCAGAAGCUGGAGGACUGUUUUGAGGCCCUGUUCCUUAACCAGGAGAUGGGCAUCCGUCUGCCAGCCGAACUGGAAGAGCUGCACCAGAAACUGUGUCGACUCCACCCUCCAAAAGAAAGCUCCUCGCUCCCAGCUCCCCAGAGCACAGUCCCAACACCAGCCCCUCCAGAGGAGUCCAGCCUGGCUGACAAUGGCACCUAGCAGACGCCUGCCCCUCUGGAUCCCCAAGCCAUCCCUCCAAGACCGCAGCCUGGACUGCACUAACACAGCUGGAGGAGGGGUGGGGAAGACAAACCUAACUCAUGCCAUCUGGGAACUGGAUAACCUGAGCUAGCUGGACCAAGCUCCUCUCUCUGUGUGUUAUGUUGAUAUGGUCUGUAGUGGAUGGGUAUGAGUGACCAUACAGCUCUGAGAGCACCAAGGAACUGCAGUGUGUGUAGACUGGAGACAAGGGAGACACAUUUUAAUGAGAAGACUAGAGGUGUUUGAUAUUUAUUUUUGUCCUGUUACAUUUUUUAAAUGUUUUUUUUUUGCACACACCAGGACAUGCAGGGUUUUACACAUCUGUUUGCCAUGCUAUCAGAUCCUGUUAUGUGGUUGGUUCUCUGCUCUCUCAAUAUGAUUCCUUAUUUUAUCGAGACAAUCUCUCAGCAGCAUUUAAUAUCAAUCCUCAUGUGAAAGCUGUUGUGUUUUUCACGGACUGUUUUUAUCUCGUCGGGUGGGUCUUAAGUUGUAGUGUGGAUUGUGGAGAGAAGACUCGCUCGGCGAGCAACAGCAGUGAAAAUCGAAAUGUGUGACAGACUAGCUGAUUGACGGAGUUAACCCAGGGCAGAGCAUUUGGAGUGAAGUUUGUUUACCAACUGGAGGACAGAGGGGUAUCCUACGAAGCAGAUUUGAGUAGUUAGCAAGGUUACUUUGGUCAACUCGGAAUAACUGGUCAUACGAAGGUGAUUCACCUUUUAUCCAGGUACAUUUCUAUGACAAUGAAUCCUUCAGAACUAACCUUUUCCGGGUCAGGCUAAUUCAGUUAACUCUACUUACUCUGAAACGACUGAGCCACGAGUUGAGGACUGCAUCAUCAUCCCUUUCAAUUGGAGGAAGACGGCUGAUUAAAAUAUAUCACAUUACACAUUUAUUACUGACGGAAUGCAUUUACAUUUUCCAGCACAGGACCACUUAAUGUAGACAUAAUGCAGUUAUUUUAUUGAUAGGAGUGGGGAAAGAAAGACGGUUGUGCAUUGAUAAGCACACCAAAGUCUGCAUUAACGAUAAGUAAUAAAUAUACCAUAGCCUGCUGAAUUUGCAAGAUACCUUUUAUUUUAGUUUGACUUCAGCACAAAUUAAAAUGUGGCACUGACAUGCCCAUGGAUCGAAGUUGUAGCAUUGUUGCAAUGACGAGUUCGGCAUUCAACUAGCCAUGUGCAACAUGCACUCGCAGUUACAAGCCUGCUAGAGUUAGUGGCAGGCGGACAAGCAAUAUCCACCGUCAUAGUACGGAUGAAGCCUGAGCUGGAAUGUGAAGCUAACUGAAACUAGUUAGCUUUCGAAAACGCUAAGUAGAUUUAGCUUGCUUUGUAGGAUACCCCUUUGGCGUGAAGAGCACAGCAGGGACCAAACAAGCACUCUCUGAGGAGGCCACACACUGUCACACCAGUCAGAGAAAUAUGUGGAGCUGUGUCAAAGGAAUGUCAUGAGCUCACUGACCAGGAAAAUCCUCUUCAAACAUUCAACUUGAAAUGUGACCUUGAUUUUAGAGAACCUCCCAGCCUCAAUGAUGGCAUCAGAUUCACUCUACAACUGUUAACAGUAAUCAUCCUUUAGUCUUAUUGUCAUGUGGUUUGUGGGGCAUCUACUAAUGUAAAGUUACUGUAGAGGGUGGACAUGGUAGUGUAUAGAUUUUCUUACAAUUAACAAAAUGUUUUUAAUCCACUAAAUUAACUGAGUUUGUUUUGUCCAUGUGCACAUGGACAGAUUUUAAAUUUGUAUUAUGAUUUGGGAAUUUGGAGCUGUUGACAGAUUUGGAGUUUGUUAUAGGAUGAAUAGUGUUUUUACAUGCAGCACACCUUUAGAACCAGACUGGUACCUGGUGCUUGUUGAUAAGGACCACUCAACUCUGAUUGGACAGCAUGAACCUGGUGUGUACUUAAUGGAGCUCUGCUCUCAAAGGCAUUGUACAACUUACUAAAAAGGGCUCUGUUUACACAGGCAACCCAAUUAUGAUCUUUUUCCCACAUUCGUCUUGACCAAUCACAUCAGGUAGCCUAUCGGUUAAGAGCGUUGGACCAGUAAGAAAUCUGGUUCAAUUCCCCGAGCUGACUAGGCAAAAUCUGUCUGUGCCCUUGAGCAAGGCAUUUAACCCUAAUUGCUCUGCUAAAUGUAUAUUUUUCAGAUCUGUUUGGUCAAAGGACAAAUUAGUGAAAUAUCUAAAUGGGCUGCUUUUGUAAACCCUGACAAAGUGAAUUGUAGUUAAAUAAAACUGGAUUUAUAUAUUUAAGUUGGCUGUAAGAAAUGUAUAUAUGCCUAAGGGAAUCAAGGGUUUGUAGAUUUUGUUUAGACAUGAACAAUAUUUGUAGAAUAUGGAGAUUAAAAUAAACAUGGUUUUGUAUGCUA